UUUAUGGAGAAACACAUGCCUGCAUGAACCAUCACACAUACAAAAAGUAUUUAUAUUGUUUACAGUGUAUAAGAGUGCUUCUUACUCCUCCUGCUCUUGGUCUCAUUGAACAGAAAGCUUGCCUUGCCUCCUGUCAUCCCCGUCUCUAGAAUGUUGGAUGCUCCCCUUCGGGAUACAGACUGUGUAUUUUGUCAAGCAGAACUGCAUGGCCUUCUUCUCUGAUUGAAAUCACAGCCUCGGGGCUCUAACACUUCGAGAGCGUUCAGCAGUCACUGUGGGAGAAGAUGCAGAAACAGACCUGACGAAACAGCCCCCUUUGAACAACAGUGAAUUCUUGCUCGGUAAAUGGCAGUUUCUUGACCUGCAUUGAUGUGUGCUGUAUCAAUUUAGCAGGCAAGUUUUAUAGUUUUAGUUUUAAACACAAUUUCCUAAUUUAUUAAGUUGGCCCAAAGCCAUAUUUAAAAGCAGAUGCCUGGCAUAAGUCAACUGUGCUUAUGUAGAAAAUUGUUUCGCGGCUGUAUUGUGCCGUCAUGCAUGGGAGGAUGUGGUUUUAAACUCUCAGCCUUAAUCAGUCACGCAUGUUAAUCAGCUACAGACACGCGCUGAUUGACAGGACUUCAUUAACACUGAGAAUUUUAAAGGGGGACUCGGGAAAGCAUUCACCAGGAUGAAAUUUGUAAUUCAGUACAGAGCACUUGCCAGACACAGUGACUGUUCCUUUAAGAGAUGCUCGGCUCUCCGCCUCUCCCUCUCUGUGUCCCUCACAAGCCUCAGAUUGGGUCUUCAGUGCAUUCUGGAGUGUGGUAGGGACCACUUAAGAGUAAAUAGACGAAAGGUCUCAGAUUAUGACCAGACGUUACCACAUACAGAACUUCACCUUACUGCAGAACUCUAAGAGAAGCUCUCUCACGGAGACUGAAAUAUGCUUCAGAGGUAGUGACUGAGAAAUUGCUGAUACUCAGCACUUUCAGCUUUGAUGAAUUUGCUCGAUUUACAGAACAUAUUUUUUUCUUUCCUUCAUGUCAACGGCCAGAGAGUAUGAAGUAAAUGACACCUUGUCAUUCAGUUCAGAGCUUUGGGAAUCACACAACAUUUAGCAGCUGAGAGCAUUCCAAGAUUUCCUUCAUGCCUGUGCAUUUCUUACGCUGGAAAGCAACAGAAUGUAUUGCAUCUUUCUGAACGUAGAAAUUACACAGCUCUGGGAAUUAUUAUCAAGUCGUACUAAGUUUUUCACCCCAAGGAACAUAUAAAACAAUCUAUAAAUAUGUUUAUGCCGAACCGAGAGCUUCAUAAUAACACACAAUCUAAAUGCACCACAUCUGUCAAACCCUCUAAACUCAAUCCCACAAAUCCUACUGGGUCAUCCAGCAAACCAAAGCCAGAUGGAUUCAGGAAGGUCUGUUCCACAGGGGAACCAAUCCCAUGUCCAAUCCCAGGACUGGCGUCUGAGGUUCUGGAAAUGCGUGUGAAGGAAGGGAGCAAGAUAAGAAACCUUUUGGGUUUUGCCAUGUCUCGAAUUCAAGGUGACGGACACAGGGCUCCAGCAUCGCAGGUCGUGUUCAGCGGGACGGGCCGGGCGGUCACCAAAACUAUCACCUGUGCGGAGAUAAUGAAACGGAAAGUACAGGGUUUACACCAGCUGUCAAAGCUCCAGUACAGGACAGUGACUGAGGUGUGGGAGAACCAGGAGGGCAGCCCGGUGCAGAUGACCGUACACAGAACUCUUCCUUCCAUUUGUAUUCUUCUUUCCAAAGAACCGCUGGACCCACAGGAGCCGGGAUACCAGCCUCCAGACAAAAUAAACGCUCUCUCAGAGGAAAGCAAAUGGCCAGAUGGAGCACAGGGGGCUGGAAAGCCAGAAAAAAGACCUGCGGGUCCUUGUUCUCAUGAUCUCCCCAGUCUUAAAAGAGCUGCACUGGGACAGGACAAAAUUCCAGCUCUGGAAACAGUGACAAAAUGUUACUAUAAAAGGGAGGAAUUCAUAUAAAGUCUUUUGUGCUUAUUUAUAACUUGCUUAACUGUUGUAUAAUGUGGCCAUAUCAGGAUGCAAUAGAUGUGAAUGUAUAAUCAGAGUGAUAAAAUGCAUGGUCAUGUGAUUUCUUUUAGUAUUACUUCAUAAUAGUCUGUAAAUAAAUGACAAAUAAAUACAAUUAAAUUAAAUAAAAUAUAAAAACAAAUAAUUUAUUGUCUGCUAUUUCUCACACUACUUUAUUUUGCCUGAUCAGU